AUGGGCAACAGCUCGUCGCAGAUUGCGCCCACGCAGACGGCGAGCGCGCGCACACCUCACGGACCAUCGACAGCACCGACCAGACCUGCGACAGCUCGCGCAGCUACACGCCAGCUUCAUGACGACGUGCAACGCGCUGUCAAGAGGCAGCGAACCGAUGACAGUGAAGAGCCGACACAGCGAAGGAGAGCGCGACCACAGCACCCGAACUUCUCGAGCACGGCACCAGCGCGACAGGAAGCGGACGUACAGCAUGUGAGCGGACAGGCGAAAGACAUCAAGCCUCGCAAGAGUGAAGACGAGAUCGUUGUCAAUACUGGUGUGGUGAAAGAAUGGCAAUCAGCGAAGAAGCGGAAGCACGAGCAAGUGGAUGAACAAGCCGUCCCAGAGACCCAAGCGGAGCAGCCUGCAAUGAUCUCUAGCGACCAAAUGGACCUGGAUGCCCAACUGCUGCAGGCUACGGUGUCAGGCCAGGAAUCCGAAUGGACUGCCAAUGAAGACAGGUUAAGCAAUGCUCCACCUAUGCCUAUGCCUAAGAAGAAGAGGCCUAGCCAAAGGAAGAGAAAGCGGGAGGCAGACGAGGAGCGCACUCGUCAGCAAGAGCUAGCGACUGAGCAUGUACCGCACGCGGAGGUGGCGCAAAUUCCGGCAGACCAGAUGCAACCGACGAAGGCGGUGACUGGCAGUGGCACGCGCGUGAGGGGUCUACGUGCAGUCGUGAUCGAUGGUCCCCGUGCUGGAGAUACCGCCGAAGCAGACCCUAUGCCUACCCCACCUGAGUCACCACCAGAACAGAAUACGCAAGAGGUCCAACAAGAAGCUGGCGCGGCAGAGGAUGAUGAUGUUGAACCUAGUGCUGCUGGUCCGGAAAAGCAACCUGUCGUCAACCAAAAGAACCUGAAGAAAGGAGGCAAUCUAGCUAAGCCGAACCCAAGGAGACGGGUUACGGCUUGGUUGCAAGAUGGCGAUUUUGCGCCUCCGCCUGUCCAGGGUACGGUCUCCCCGUCACCUCCACCGCAGUCCAGGAGAAAGUCAGCCCGGAAGCAGGCACCAUCAAGCUCAAUCGCUGGCGAUGUAGAUCUCGACGCCAUCCCCGAGUCAGUAGGGAGUGAGAAAUCGGCCCCGCGAGCAAGUGGAAAGACGGAGAAGAAAGUCAAGAAGAGGAAAGCUUCUGCUGCGGACGAUCAUCGGCAACCAGAGGCACCAACAGCAACAGCCGACGACCAAGACGAAGUCCAAGCACGGGUGCAAAGUACAACCCGUGGCAUGGUGACUGGCGCCUGGACAGCUGAAGAGAAGGCGCACGCGGAGCUCAUCUGGAACCACUUCAUCACAUCGAAGGACAUGCGUGACUCCGACCUGCGCGCUAACACGAUUGACUGGGCCAACAUCGGCGAGAUCAAGACGAUCAUGUACGAAGCUUUCCCAGGCCGCAAAAUCGAUGCAAUCCGCAAGUUCUGUCAACGACACUUCACGCCUUACACGAGAGGACCGUGGACCGCCGAAGAGGACGAAACGCUCAGAAUACGCUAUGCAGAGAUGCCGGAGCAGUGGACGAAUCUGGGAGAUUUGCUGUUCCGCCCGCCAGACGCUGUGCGAGAUCGAUGGCGGAGUGUUGUCAAGGAUGCUGGGAAGAGACAGGUCGGCCCUUGGAGCGUGCAAGAGGAGUCCGACUUGAAGCGCGCUGUUGACGAGUGCUGUCAACUCGUUCGGAAGCAGGAAGGCAUGAAGCGCAAGCCACGAGACGAGCUCGAGGCUGCGAUCAACUGGAAGGUUGUGAGCGAGAAGAUGGAGUUUGCGAGAAACGAGAAGCGUUGUCGGGAGAAGUGGCAGGAUAUGAAGCGAGCAGGGCGUGCCACUGCCGCGGUACCAGAUAAUGCGGUGGAAGGAUCUGCGCACGCUCCGACUGUGAGCAAGGCCAACGCACAAGCUGCUGCGCCCACAGUAUCCGGAUCACGCGAAUCAGCUCCAGUAGGGCCUUCGCCGAAUAAGGAUCUGCCCAACAAACUCCGCGAACUUGAACACCAAUAUCAGAAACUUCUUCCAGGCGACAUCUACGAUGCUCUCAAGGACAUUGUCAAAGCCAUGAAAGGCGACCCUGACAAGCGAUUCACCCACGAAUCGACUUUCUGGUCCGUCGUGGCCAGCUCGCGCGAGGGCGUCAGCAAGUUCGCUGGCACUGGUGGGCUCAGACGACGGUGCUAUCUGGGCGCACUAGAGGUCUACGGCGAGCGCAGGAAGGUCAAGAAAGCACAGGGUAUCGUAGAAAAAGCGAAAAGGAUGUUGAAGAUCAUGAAGCAAGGAGAGGAGGACGGGGAUGAUCAGCUGACACGGGCAGUGGACGGGCAAGGAAGGAGUCUGGUGGAGACCAUGAAGCGGAAGACCCAGAAGAAGCAGAAGCCGCAGAUCAAGUCCGAGGAGGCGAUUGUCGAGAGCGAAGAUGAGGAACCACCGCCGCCGCCUGAAGCAGCAAAGGAUGCUUCCGUCCUAGCCCCGGCGACCCCGUUCUGCAUCCAACAUCCCGGACCCAGCACAGGCGCCAAGAAGUCGACCAGCGGUAAGCUGCGCAAACUAAGACAAAAGAAACGCAAACGCGCCAGCAGCGACGCCGAUGGUGAUGAGUACGACCUUGGAGUGACGGUCGGCGAGCAGGGGAGUCCGAUGCUGAAGCCGAAGCAGAAGAAGCGGAAGGUGAAGACGCCGGUGAAGCAGCAUCGGUCGGCGGAGUUUGUGAGGGAGAGCGAUGGUGAGAGUUCGGAGUGGCCUACUGAUGAUGAGGAGGAGCGGCCUGCUGGGCCUGCUGAAGAGGAGAAGCCUGUGAGGGAGGAAGAGCCGAGGUACCGGCUUGUGGACGAGGUGACUGUUUCGUCGUACUAG